CUCGAGACAGUCAUUAACAAAAUGAGCACCGUACCGAAAACACGCGUUGUAUUAUUAACAUAAUUUCAAACGUUUUCAAUUUGAAAGAUUUUUAAAAGUACCUUCGGUUGCAACUUAUUCGCUCGGUGCGAUCUUACGAACUUAUAGUCCAAAAGUGAAUUUGAUUUUAUUGGUCCGCGUUUUGAGUCUAAAUUUUAUCUUACAAUCAAAGCGGUUCUCAAUAUUCAACAAGUGUCGGGUGCAAAUACACAAAGGGCUUAUUAUACAAGUGUAGUGCUUUUUAAACAACUUUAUUUGCCUGUCUGUAUUUGACUAGUGGAUCGGCGUGUACGCGUGUUUUCUUAUCUCGUAUUUUUAGCGUUUUAUUUUAUUUUAUUGUAGAAAAUUUCGUUUAGUUAUUAAAGCAUUUCGGUGCCACCAUUCACGUCAAUUAUACAAGUUAUUUUUCGCACCAUUUGAUCAACAGUGAAAUAGAAGAAGUAUAGUCUUGUACUGGACACCUUAUGGUAUUGUUAAUAGGAAAUUAAGAAGUAUAUAUAAAUAGUUUUAUCGUGAAGUUGAGUAAUUUAAAACAUGCUUGUUUUAAGCCAGUUUCAUAAAUCAGCAUUCGGACAAUUCCGCGUGGUGCUUUCCGUGUUACUACACUCUUUAAUAUUCGGAAUAUGGCAAAGAUUAAUCUGGUGGCUGGACAAGAGAAACGAGCAAAUACUGAAACCCAUAUGGAUCACGGAUGCCUACGAACAAAACACGAACUUCGCUGCGAUAUUAGGAUACUGUUUGGGAACGAUGCUAAUGAAAUCCGGAAGAAAACUUGGAUUCGCUAUCUUAGCAGUUUCCCAGGGGAUUAUUAUGAUAAUUAUUUUAUACACAUCGACCAAAGAGGUCAGCGUUUACAUCAAACAUUACUUCGCUUUCAAUGAAGCGGCUAUGGUUGUACUCACCGCUUGCUUAUUAGGAGAAUACAUUCAUCCCAAUUGCAGAGCGGGGUGUAUUUUCCUACAAAUAUCGGCGCUGCGUUUUGGUAACGCCCUAUCUGUAAUUUUACAUAAAUUCUUUUAUUUCGACACGAUUGCGUCGCUCUGUCUAUUCGUGCAAUGUAUUUCGUGUCUAUGCAUAGGUUUUACGCAAGACCUGAAACCUAUCGGUGACAUGUGCGACAGUGAAGAUUACAAGUUGGUCAAUUAUGAAAACGGUUCGAAUAAAUCGCUUCGAUCGUAUUCGAGAACUUCGACAAUUUACAAUUACUUAAUCAAGCCGAUAAUCAUAAUUACUUUUAGUUUUAUAUUGUCAGAAGGAAGUGGACGCAGCACAUCGUCCUAUAUGAAUUUUUUUGAAGCCAAAAUGAGCGAUAUUUCCUAUGUGUACUACAGCGAUUUAAUCUUCUCAAUUGUGUUUUUGAUUUCGUCGGUUUACCUUACAUUUGGCGGGAGUUUUCGCUCCUUACUUUUUACCAUGGGACCCACGGCUAUCAGUGUAUUAGGCAUCGUAAGCGUUCUUUCCUUUUUACAAGCAAACACAAUUAUAUCACUUGACCAAUAUUUAAUACCAUGUCUGCUUUUCAUUUAUUUUGUGGCCGCUUUUUUCGUGUGCACGUAUUUACCAACAAUACUAAUGGCCGAAAUAAUACCAAUGAAAUACAAAGGUACCUGUCUAUUUUUAUCAAAUAUCAUCGGUUUUUUGAUUACGAAAAUUAGUAUUUAUGUAUUCCCUCAUCUAAUUGUAAACGUUAAAUUGUAUGUCGUCUUAAUUGUUUCUCUAAUCAUUGUUACAUUUUGUUUGUUGGUUCUGUAUUUUAUAUUACCCGAAACUAGAGGUAAAACUCUGAAAAACAUUGAAGAACGCAUCGUGAACAUUGGCAUUAAUAUUUGCUUUCAAAAUAUAGACUAUACAAUGGAUAAUGAGAAAUAUAUAUGUUAUCCAAAAUUGACAGACGGAAAUAAAUUCGACUGUUUCGAGUAACAGAGUUUUUCUUCUUAGUUUUUUUUACUGUUCGUCUUUUGUUGGCUAAAGGCAGAUUUAUAUUGUGUCAGUAACUAACGUCAGUGCACUACCGAGUCAGUGCUGACCUAGCAUCGCCAUCGUGUAAAUUGAUUUCUAGUCAGUACAGUACUGUCGCGUCAGUACUGACUUCAGUAUUCCCGCUUCAUAUUUUUCGGCGUCAGUCCGCUCCCCCCGCCACCCACGCCAGCGCUACUGACGCCGUGUAAAUGCCAAAGUCACUCAGUCCAUAGAUUAUAAACUUAAUAUAUUCGAGAAGUCAGUCGCUUCCGCUUUAUUGUACGGUGACCACGCUGCGUUGCACCACAUCACAAAGUGACGCGAAAAGUAAACGACACGGCGAACUUAAAGAUUAUUGCAACUAUACCGCAAUAAUGAAUGCUUGUGGAAUAAUAAAUCACAAAAUUAUAGGAAUAAAGAAAUGCGCGCAACAACAUUACAAAAUAUUGGCUGGCAAGGCGUCUCUCAUAAAUGUGUCUUGACGCUGAAUAGAGUUUGAUAACUUCAUAAGCAAAUCAUCAGUCUUUUGACAUCAUUGUCAAAGCCAGUUUGUAUUGCUGUCACCUAUCCAUCCUCUUACCCAAAUUCGCUUCUUUUUAGAUAUUUCUUCUAACAUACCAGUUAGUUCUUGCAUCAUCACAAAGGUACAUUUUUUCAACAAAUUAUUAACUCGUAAUUUUUCGUUGUUUUCGAGAAUUCAUUUUUCCACACUGACUUUACGAACGUGUGUACACCAUAAGAAAUAUCCUCGACUACUGACGAAAUACUGACUGCGUAUAAAUCGUAUGGGUCAGUUUUCGGCGCCAGCACUGACGUUAGUUACUGACUCAAUAUAAAUCUGCCUUUACGCACUACAAUUCACGGCCACUUGAUAAUAAACGAUUACCAAUUUUCAUAUAUAUAAAAACGUCAAUGCCGAAGCUUAUAUUGAAGCAUAAUUUCGAAUUGAAAACUAAGCCCCCAAAAUGUGAGAACAAUAAAUGCACAUCAUAUUUUACAGCCCACACGCCCGUGCGGUAGCAGACUUGUUCUGGAGUUCAGUAGGUUAGGGAUAAGCAUUUUAAAUUACAAUUUAAUUACAAUAUAAUAUAUACAAUACAAUACAAUACAAUAACAAUUUAAUUACGCCCACAAUUCAAAAGACGAGCUUCAGGACUCGUCUUGACGCGUAUUAGUGCAAUCUUGAUAUUGUAAUAAAAAUGUUUUUAAAUCACGUAAGUGUAGAGUUAGGAAUUCGUAAAAUGUAAAUUUAAAUGAAUACUAUUCAUCACUAAUGUAUAUUAUGUAACGGUAAAAUAUUUUAGUUAAUAAAUUAAUUAACCAAAGAACGCCUUUUUUAAAUUUCGUAAUAUCUAAAUUAUAAAAACUAUUGUAUUUAUUAA